AUGGCUUUCCAACUUCCCAAACCACGGUAUUCCCUCCAAAUCCAAAAUACGCGCAUCUUCAAAAUCCUCUCCGUAGGUGUAUUCUUCUACCUGUCUAUAUAUCUCCUCCUACCUCGAAUUCGAUCCGCACCCCUCACCAUCACCGAGGAAGACAUCUCCUUCGAACAACACAGCCCACACACCUACAAUAAUUUUCUUCCCGCCUCCAGCGCAGCGCAACUAUGCACCUCGCACUCCCUCACCCCUUAUCCGCAUCGCUCCCAAAAACGCAAAGUAUACGACCUCUUCAUGGUAAACUCUGAGCUCGACUGGCUGGAAAUCCGUCUCCACGAAAUGAACACCGAGGUGGAUUAUUUCGUGAUCCUCGAAUCACCCACCACCUUCACCGGACUCGCAAAGAACAUGACCUUCCAAGAAAACCGGGCUCGAUUCGCCGCCUUCGAGGAUAAAAUCAUCUAUCACGUUUUGAAGGAUGCUCCUUUACCCAUAUCCAAUACUUCACUACCGGGUUCGAAAGAAUACGAGGCAAAUGCAUGGGUACAGGAGAAAUUCCAACGAGAUGCCAUGUUCACGCAGGUUUUCCCUACGCUGCUCGAUGAGCGGAAACCUAAUAAGGGGGAUGUAAUACUCGUUUCUGAUAUUGACGAGGUGAUUCGUCCGGCUUCUUUACAGGUCCUUCGAAAUUGUAAUUUCCCCGUUAUUCUCACGCUGCGCUCGCAAUUCUACUACUAUUCCUUCCAAUUUCGUCAUCGUGGUGAACAGUGGGCACAUCCUCAGGCGACGUUUUACCAGGGAUUAGAAGAUACGAUCAAACCGCAUAGUUUGCGAAGUCGUCAUGGAGGCCAUGUGAUAGUGGAUGAGAGGGAUAGUAAUAAGAAGGGGGAUUUGUGGAAUGCGGCUUGGCAUUGUAGUAGUUGUUUCAGUACGAUUAAAGGAGAUGAGGAGGAAGAUGGAGAGUUUUAG